AUGAGUAAAGUCAGUUCACCCAACUCAGACCAAGAGGAGACUCUUACAAAUAGUGAUUCUAGUUUUGUUCAAGAGAAGACAGACGAAAGCUCGCCUAGCCUAGCCUACGAAUCCGCGAUACAGGACAAUAAACUUGAUCUGGAUAAGGAUGAGCGUUACGAUACCCCAUACCAUAGUCGUCCUGUGUCUGUCGAUACGUCGUCGACAGUUGAAGGUGAAGAAGAUGGGGCUGUAAUGGAGUCUGGAUUCCGAGGCUAUCUUAUUGUCCUUGGAUGUUUCUUGACCCUUAUGACUGCAAUCGGCUACGCCCUCAUGUAUGGCAUUUUUCAGUCUCAUUACACAGACAUUUAUGCCGCACAAGGUGCAGCCGCCUCUAGUGUCUCCAUUGUCGGAUCCCUGGCUGUUGGUUUCCAGUUUGGUUUCUGCAUUAUCGCCGGCCCCGUAAUGAAUCGCUUUGGUUACAAGGUCGUCCUCUGGUCUGGUAGCAUCAUCGGCUCACUGGGCUUGCUGCUUGCGUCAUGGGGCACUAAACUUUGGCAUCUAUAUCUUACCCAGGGCGUCAUGUUCGGCAUUGGCGUCUCACUUCUUAACCUCGCUGCGACUGCUAUCCCUCCUCUGUGGUUCGAGAAGCGUCCAUUCGCUUCGAUUGUGAUGCGAGCACCUCGUCAGCUCUCAGGCCCACCGAUUGAAGUCCGCAAGGAUGCGAUCAAUCUUCAAAUCCUCAAAAAUCCACGCUUCAUACUCUUGUUCAUAAGCACUGCUUUUUUCGGAUUUGGAUACAUGAUUCCAUUCACUUAUAUCCCCUCCUACGCUAAGGAUAUUGUUAGCCUUGACCCAAAUAUCCAAGGUGCUCAUUUAAUAUCUAUAAUGUCAGCCGCCAACGCUGUGGGUCUUAUCACAGUAGGGUUCGCCGCUGAUUACAUAGGAGCCAUCCGAGUGACCGCAUUUAUAUUUGUGGCAGCUGGAGCAUCUUGUUUCGUUUGGAUGUUUUCGCAUUCGUACGGUGCCCUUCUUGGGUUUUCUAUCCUGUACGGCCUCUUCUCGGGUGGGUUCUUCAUUUUGGUGGCGUCAAUUAUAGCUAACAUCAUAGGUUUGGCUAAUUUGGGAUCUGGCUUGACAAUUAUCUUUCUGUUCAAUACGCCCGGCAACUUGGUUACUCUUCCUAUUGCUGGCAAGAUGGUGGAGUCCGCUGGUGGCUACAGGACGAUGAUUGGGUACAACGCAGCCAUGUACUUCAGUGCGGCCCUAUUUCUGUGCAUCCUAAUGCUUUAUAAUCAUCACACCAGUAGGGUUAAUGCUGCUUGA